AAAAAAAUUAAUAUUUUACUUUUAGAUUAUGCUAGGAUUUUUAGAUAGAAUUGAUAAAGCGAUAAGCGAGUUAUUGCACAAACUCGACAGCAAAUUAGUUUCUAUGAUAUUGUAUCCAUUUGCUUUGAUGUUUAAUCCUUCGUUUAUUAUAGUUCCUAUUUGCCUGGUUUAUGCCUUCAAUUUUAGUAUUUUAAAACGAAGCUAAGAAAGUUCAAUCAUCUAGGCUCUCUUCUAUUUGUUUUGUAUAAUUUGCAAUCUGAUUAUGACUUUAGUGACUAAAAAGCUUUUAAAAAGAAAAAGACCAAUUUUUAUUCCAUGGCUAAAAAAUAAAUCAAGCAUUUUUAGAUAAAAAGAAUAAAAUUGCUCUCUUCCUAGUGGAGAUUCUAUUUAAGCAGUCAACUUUGCUUGUAACAUUAUCUUUUCUUAUAAUUAAGUGAAUUUCAUAAUGAAAUUCUUCAUGGGAAUUUCAAUUGAUUAUGAUAGAUUAGAAAUGAUAUUAAUUGCAUUUGUUAUUCUUGUUAUGACAGCUAGAGUUUAUUUUAUGUGCCACUUUACUUUUGAUACUAUCUUAGGAGUAAUUAUGGGUUACUUUUUAACUAAUUUCCUUUAAGUUCGCUGUUUUGAUGUAUUCUCUCAUAAUGCUUUCAGAGUAAUUAAUGCUAUUGACUUUUGAUAUUUAAAAUUAUAUAUAAUAUAUAGUAUAAAUCAAUAUAUUUUUUAUUUUAUUUUAAAAGUAAUACAUAAAAUCAUAAUUUUUGUAAAAUGAUUUCUU